GUAUUUUUAAUUUAAUUCUAAACAACAAACUUUUCCUAAAAUGAAAAAUUAUUUUUACUUAUAUUUAUUUUAAUUAAUAAAUAAUUUUGAAAUUAAUCCAAUUAUUUCCUAGUUUAUUAGGAUUUAAAUAUAUAUACAAAUAUAUAAGUAAAUUAUACAAUCAAUUAUACAGUCAAUUGAAAUGCAUGUGAUUGUUGUGAAAGACUCGGACACCGGUUAUACUCAAUUGGACGGCAAAGAUGGCAACGAUAACAAUGCCGGCACUACUGGUCGACAUCACAAUAUUGCCGAUGAAAAUGCAUUGCUUGAUGAUGGCGAUGAACAUGGCGACGAGCACCGGGAGAUAGUGUGCAGCUGUAUACUAGGUGUCGACAAUCAGCCGAAAAAACGCCGCUCAAUACCCGAUAUGAUACCGGCUUUCGGUAUAAUGAUGUCGAUAUUCAGUGUCGUUAGCUUUUCGGUGGCCAGUCUUAUAGUCAAAGUUCUGACUGAUUUGCACUCUCUGGAGGUACUGUCCAUUAGGUGCGCAUUUCAAGUACUAUUCUACAUUGUGCCAAUCAUCCGGCACCGUCUACCCAUAUUUGGUGUACCUGGCCACCGUUUUGAUCUAUUUCUACGUGCAUUUGCCGGUACAUCGGCUGCCAUAUUCAUCUAUCAGGCCUAUCGACUGAUACCACUAGGCGAUGCCACUACCAUACAGUUUACAGCACCAGUAGUCGUCAUAUUUCUGGCCGUAUUUGUACUGAAAGAACCGUUAACUUGGCUACAGUUUAUCACCGGUAUUAUUACACUGGGCGGUGUCAUCAUCAUUGCACGGCCAGAGUUUAUAUUCGGUAGCGAUCCGUUUUCGGCUCCGGGACGUACUGAGGGACUAAUAUUUUCGGUAAUAGCUAUGCUGUCGACGGCAACUGUUAUGUUGAUUUUGAGGAAAUUGCGUACAACACCCAUACCAGUGGUUUGCGUAUGGUUUUCCACUGUAGCAAUGCUGACCAGUUUAACAGUGGUACUAUCGAUUGGCCAGUGGCGAUGGCCGCACGGUUGGUUUCAGUACUGUAUGCUCGUAGCUAUCGGUAUACUCGGCAUAAGCGACCAGUACUUUAUGACUAUUGCACUGCAUUAUGAAAGUGCCGGACCGGUAGCCAUCACACGUACCCUAAAUAUUGUAUUGGCAUUCAUAUGGGAUGUAACCAUAAUUGGCGAACAAUUUGAUUUGCUUAGUGUUGUCGGCGCUAUAGUUGUCUCCUUUUGUAUAGUACUGUUAGGUGUGUGCAAAUGGAAAGCCGAAAAACCUGAACAGUUUGACAGAUGCCGGCGCCGACUGUGUUGUUACUGUUGUUGUUGUCCCGAUAGACAGGACCUCUACAGGGAACAGGAGGAAAGCGAUGUACUUAUUAUACACAGACAGUCGUCUCAGGCAUACUAUGAUAGUAUCGAUGAUAAGAGAAGAGACUCGACAACUACUGGAGAAGGAGUAGUGGUGGCCGGUCUGCGCAUACCAUCAGCCAAAUCGUCGACAAUGAAACGCGAAGAAAGUUUUGCUAAGCUCAGGGAUGACAGUCCCGAUAUUGUGGUCGAAAAAAAUAAGUUACUGUUUCCUUGA